AUGCGCGGUGCAUGUGACUCCGGGCAGCGGGGUGAGUGUGAGGGAGAGGGAGGAAGGUGACAGACAUUUUGUUGUGACUUUUGCAUGAAAAUGUCGGCGGUCUGGAGAACCGUGAGUGUGUUCAGGGCUGGAGCUCGGCUCAUCACACGCGGACCCCAGCACAGCGUUACCCGGAAGGCAGGUGGAGGUCCACACAUCGUGGCUCAGUACCGUCAGCCUCCUCAACUCACUAAACGCCAGCACUUCCGUGCCGAACUUCUCAGCGGCUUCAUGUGGUUCUGGAUCAUGUGGCACUUCUGGCACGACUCCGACGCCGUCCUCGGUCAUUUCCCGUGGCCGGACACAAACGUCUGGACUGACCAGGAGCUCGGAAUUCCUCCAGAUGAUGAGUGACCUUCAUCUUCAUCAUAUGUGCUGGUGCUGAGUGAGGUGUGUGUGUGUGUGUGUGUGAGAGAGAGAGAGACCCACUGGUCCUGAUUUCCUGCUGUACAGAGACUCGUUUAUUCCGAUUUCAUUUCUCGUACACGUUUAUUUAAACUAAUAAAGAAACAAUCAGUGGA